CUAUUCAUUUAGAAUUGCACACGCCACAAGUUUGGUGAUUUCGAUAUAAUUUUGACACCAUGUCGACACAACAUUAUUCUUCCAUCACACUUUAGAGUGACCAUAGUCAGUAUAGCUUAAGAUAUGUACUUAUCAACAAACCAGGUUUUUCAAGCAGCACUGUGUGCACUUAUCACAAAAGUAAAACGCACCCGUUUGCACACGGAUACUCUUUUUCCGGCAUAAAUACAAGCUCCCAGCCCUAUGUUGGAUUGAGUUGAAUACUCGAACACAAUCAGACAAGUUAACUAUAAUUAUGAAGUAUUUUGCACUUUGCUUCAGUUUGGCUUUCGCGGUUGCCGAGAUCAGAGCUCACGGUCGUGUCUCUGAUCCCGUACAGCGGGGAUCCUUGUGGAGACAUCCUGAAUACGACUAUGCAAAUCCAGGACGACAGCCGGACGACUAUGAAAACUUUUGCGGUUCCAGAGCAGUCACGGAUCCCUUUAUUGGGGCAUGUGGUCUGUGCGGCGACAGCAUCCUGGACCCUAAGCUGAGAAAACACGAGAUUGGAGGUGAAUUUGAACGUGGCAUCAUCGUGAAAACAUACAACUCCGGGGCCACGAUUCCCGUUUCUGUUGAAAUUGCGGCAGGUCACGACGGUUGGUACGAGUUUAGGCUGUGCGAUUACUCCAACACUGGUGUGGAGAGUGAGGAAUGCUUCGAUAACCACCUCCUCCGCUUGGCCGACGGCAGCACGAGGGUCAAGAAUGCGGGAAAUUCAAUUACAGCGCAAGUUGUCCUCCCUGAAGGGCUCACUUGUACCAGAUGCGUCCUCCAAUGGCAUUGGUAUGGGGAUGGGUCCAAACAAUACUACCGAACUUGUUCGGACAUUGCGAUCCAAUAGCUGUUAUAUGAGUACAUGCAAUCCGGAAUAACAUAAUUUGCGACAUAAUCUAUAUCCUUACUUAUAAUAAAUUAAUAAUAAAUAAUAAUAAUAAUAAAUAAAUAACCCGGCACAACAAAGCGUAAACAGGGGCUGAU